UCUGAGGAGGCGCUCAGAGGAGGUGAGCGGCGCUGAGAGUAAGACUGUGAGACAGUGAGACAUUGACACCAUGCUGGGCUGGUUAGUGACGGCGCCACUGGCCGUGUUACGGUGGCUCUUCUCGCCGAUACCGCUGACGGUAAUCGUUCUGCUGCUCGCCUUGGCGUACCACAGAUUCACAAAGAAUUUCGACUUCUGGAAGUCACGCGGCGUGCCUGGACCGAGACCAUGUCUACCCUGGGGAACAGAGUUUGGCUCGGGCUUUUCAAGGGUGAUCGAAUUUGAGAGCUGGCUGUAUCACGAGCACGGUGGGAAGCAGUUCUGUGGCUUCUUUGAAAUGCACAAGCCGGUAUUAUUUGUUGGAGACCUUGACCUGAUUCGCUCAAUCACCAUCAAGGAUUUUGAUUACUUUGCUAAUCAACGUGAUCAGAUCGGAUCUGAUUUUUGGACCGAAUCACUUUUUCUCUUGAAGGGUGCCGAGUGGAAGGAAACUCGUACCGUGAUGUCGCCCACCUUUUCGGCCAGCAAACUGAAGGCAAUGCACCAGUUGACAAUGAACAACGCUAAGAACCUGACAAAGUAUGUUAGAAGUCAGAUGGCAGAGGAAGCAGAAGUGGAAAUCAAGGAUGCUUCUGGACGAUUCACGAUGGACAACAUUGCGGCCUGCGCGUUCGGCGUCAACUGCAACUCCUUUGUUGAUCCUAAUUGUCAGUUUGCUGUAACGGCAGCCAAGCUCUCCAGCUUCAAUGUUCAGAUUCUCAUACGUUUCCUGGCAGAGACGUUCCUACCUCAUAGCAUUGCCAAGUGGUUCCCCGACUAUAGUAUGAAGGUCGGCGCAUUCUUCAAGGACGUUGUGAUGAAGACGAUGGCCCAUCGCGAGAAGAGCCCUAGUGCGACGCGCGACUUCCUGCAGCUGCUGAUGGACACCAAGGACAAGGACGGCAAGCGGAUCCUCUCGGACAGCAGCAUAGUCACCCAGUCGUCCCUGUUCCUCGUCGCCGGGUACGACACGACCUCUCUUCUACUGACGUUCGCCGCCUAUUGCCUGGCGCUGGACCAGGAGAUCCAGCAGCGCGUCCAGCAGGAGAUUGACGAGGCCCUGGAGCGCCACGGAGGCCUCACCUACGAGGCCAUCCAGGACAUGCCGUACCUGGACCGGGUGAUGGCGGAGACUCUGCGCCUGUACUCGCCAGCCACGCGUCUUGAACGUGCCUGCUCCAAGGACUACAUCCUGCCCGGUACAGACGUACACAUCCCGGCGGGUACCGUCGUGGUCAUACCCGUGCUUGUGAUGCACCGCGAUCCGGACAACUACCCGGACCCGCUGCGGUUCGACCCGGACCGCUUCCUGCCGAAGGAGAGGGAGCGUCGCCAUCCGUGCGCCUACAUCCCGUUCGGCAGCGGGCCGCGCAACUGCAUCGCGCAGCGGUUCGCCCUGUUCGAGGCCAAGGUGGCGCUGGUCUCGCUUCUGCGGGAGCUGACGCUGAAGCCGACGCCGGAGACGCCGCCCCAUCCAAUGCCGCUCGAUCCGGACGGCUUCCUGACGAUGCCGAAGGACAGGAAGGUGCCGCUGCUGGCCGUACCGAGACAGACAACGACUGAAUGAAGUGACCUUUUGCGGAGAUCAAGAGCUGUCGAUGUGAUUGAAGAAGUAGCUCAGAGCGUCGGAGCGGACAAUGGCAGUCGGAGGUUCAAUUUAAUAACUUGGCGUAUGUAAUUGUAGUUACAUGUAAGGCAGGGAGAUGCUCAAAGCAGUAAGCCCGAACACGUCACCGCGACGCUUCGGUCCGUAUUGCCUAUAAUAAUAUUUACACGGGAGGGAGUGGUGUUGAACCAUGUUGAACUUUCUGCUGCUGUAAAUGAAAUUACAUAUGCAGGUGACGGCAUUUUAGCUACUUUUUUCUUUCUUGAUCUUUGUUCUCAUCCCAUGUCUUACACUAUCGCUUCUUCAUGUUUUUUUCUGUCCAUCCUUUAACCCUCGCCCGCACAUGGGGGGGGGGGGGGUGGUUGCCACCCCCCCC